GAGGGGUGAGGCAGACCCGUCACCGCCGCCGCUCAUCCACCGGUAUCAUGGCUUCCUAACCGGAGGGGGAAGUGGCUGAGAGCAAAACAAGGAUUUUUUUGUUCAGUGCCCCUGCUCUUAAUCCAUCACCUGUGAUUCGGACAGAGGGGCUUGGCCUCCCAAAUCGCCGCCAACGGCCGCCCCUGGGAUCCAAGACCUACUUUAAUUUUUAUCGGUGAAUUUCCAUUCGGUAGCCGUGGAAGAUGGCCGACCCGGCGGAGUGCACCAUCAAAGUGAUGUGCCGUUUCAGGCCCCUCAAUAGCUCCGAGGUGACCAGAGGCGACAAAUACAUUCCCAAGUUUCAGGGGGAGGAUACUAUCGUUAUUGGGGGGAAACCGUACAUGUUUGACAGAGUGUUUCAGUCGAGUACAACACAAGAACAAGUCUACAACGCCUGUGCCCAGAAGAUUGUAAAAGAUGUUCUUGAAGGAUACAAUGGAACGAUUUUUGCUUACGGACAGACGUCUUCUGGUAAAACACACACCAUGGAGGGAAAUCUCCAUGACACAGAUUCAAUGGGCAUCAUCCCCAGGAUAGUGCAAGACAUCUUCAACUACAUCUAUGCCAUGGAUGAAAACCUGGAGUUUCACAUCAAAGUUUCUUAUUUUGAAAUCUACUUAGACAAAAUCCGAGAUCUUUUGGAUGUGUCAAAGACCAAUUUAUCGGUGCAUGAAGACAAAAACAGAGUGCCCUAUGUCAAGGGCUGCACUGAAAGAUUUGUCUGCAGCCCAGAGGAAGUCAUGGACACGAUCGAUGAAGGCAAAUCUAACAGACACGUAGCGGUCACAAACAUGAACGAGCACAGCUCCAGGAGUCACAGCAUUUUCCUGAUCAACGUGAAACAGGAGAACACUCAGACGGAGCAGAAGCUGAGCGGAAAACUUUACCUGGUGGAUCUCGCUGGCAGUGAGAAGGUCAGUAAAACCGGCGCAGAAGGAGCCGUGCUGGAUGAAGCCAAGAAUAUCAACAAGUCCCUGUCGUCUCUGGGGAACGUCAUCUCAGCGUUGGCUGAAGGAUCGGCCUACAUCCCCUACCGAGACAGCAAGAUGACCCGGAUCCUGCAGGACUCGCUGGGUGGUAACUGUCGAACAACCAUUGUCAUCUGCUGCUCUCCUUCCUCUUAUAAUGAGGCUGAAACCAAAUCCACCCUGAUGUUCGGCCAAAGAGCAAAGACCAUCAAGAACACAGUGACGGUGAACAUCGAGCUGACAGCAGAGCAGUGGAAGCAGAAGUAUGAGAGGGAGAAGGAGAAGAACAAGACUCUGAGGAACACCGUCACCUGGCUGGAGAACGAGCUCAACCGCUGGAGGAACGGUGAGAGUGUGCCGGUGGAGGAGCAGUUUGACAAGGAGAAGGCCAACGCUGAGGUGUUGGCUCUGGACAACAUUCUCAACGACAAGCCGGCGUCCACGCCUAACGUUCCUGGGGUUCGCCUCACGGACGUGGAGAAGGACAAGUGUGAGGCGGAGCUGGGGAAGCUUUACAAACAGCUGGAUGAUAAGGACGAUGAAAUCAACCAGCAGAGCCAGCUGGUGGAGAAGCUGAAGCAGCAGAUGCUGGAUCAGGAGGAGCUCCUAGCGUCCUCCCGACGAGAUCACGAGAACCUCCAGGCUGAGCUGAAUCGCCUUCAGGCUGAAAACGAGGCAUCGAAGGAAGAAGUGAAGGAGGUGCUGCAGGCCCUGGAGGAGCUGGCCGUUAACUACGACCAGAAAAGCCAGGAGGUGGAGGAUAAGACCAAGGAGUUUGAGAGCAUCAGCGAGGAGCUUAGCCAAAAAUCGUCCAUCUUGUCUUCCCUGGACUCAGAGCUCCAGAAGCUGAAGGAAAUGUCCAACCACCAGAAGAAGAGGGUGACUGAGAUGAUGUCAUCACUGCUGAAAGACUUGGCCGAGAUCGGUAUCGCUGUGGGCAGCAACGAUAUUAAGCAGCACGAGGGCGGCAGUGGCCUGAUAGACGAGGAGUUCACGGUGGCUCGUCUCUACAUCAGCAAGUUGAAGUCAGAGGUGAAAACGAUGGUGAAACGCUGCAAGCAGCUGGAGAGCAUCCAGUCAGACAGCAACAAGAAGAUGGACGAAAACGAGAAAGAGCUGGCCGCCUGCCAGCUGCGCAUCUCUCAGCACGAGGCUAAAAUCAAGUCCCUGACCGAGUAUCUUCAGAAUGUGGAGCAGAAGAAGAGGCAGCUGGAGGAGAAUGUGGACUCUCUGAAUGAGGAGCUAGUAAAACUUAGCGCUCAGGAAAAAGUUCAUGCUAUGGAGAAAGAGAAUGAGAUCCAGACGGCCAACGAAGUCAAGGAAGCAGUGGAGAAGCAGAUCCACUCCCAUCGGGAAGCCCACCAGAAACAGAUCAGCAGCCUGAGAGACGAGCUGGACAACAAGGAGAAACUCAUCACCGAUCUGCAGGAUUUGAACCAGAAGAUCAUGCUGGAGCACGAGAGACUCAAGGUGGAGCACGAGAAACUCAAGUCCACUGACCAGGAGAAGAGCCGCAAACUGCACGAGCUAACGGUGAUGCAGGACAGAAGGGAGCAGGCCCGACAGGACCUGAAGGGUCUGGAGGAGACGGUGGCCAAAGAGCUGCAGACUCUGCACAAUCUGAGGAAACUCUUUGUUCAGGACCUGGCCACCAGAGUUAAAAAGAGUGCAGAGAUGGACUCGGACGACACUGGAGGCAGCGCCGCGCAGAAACAGAAGAUCUCCUUUCUUGAGAACAAUCUUGAACAGCUCACCAAGGUUCACAAACAGCUGGUUCGUGAUAAUGCAGACCUUCGCUGUGAACUUCCGAAACUGGAAAAGCGUCUUCGUGCUACGGCUGAGCGGGUCAAGGCCUUGGAAUCUGCACUGAAGGAAGCCAAGGAGAACGCCGCCCGCGACCGCAAGCGCUACCAGCAGGAGGUGGAUCGCAUCAAGGAGGCCGUCAGAGCCAAGAACAUGGCCAGGAGGGGCCACUCGGCUCAGAUCGCCAAACCCAUCCGGCCUGGACAGCAGCCUGUGGCGUCGCCCACCCACCCAAACAUCAAUCGCAGUGGGGGGGGCUUCUACCAGAACAGCCAGACGGUGUCUAUCAGGGGAGGGGGCAGCAAGCCUGACAAGAACUGAGCAGCAGCCGAGCAGAAGAAUGACACCACAGAAGAAGAAGCCAACCACGCACCCACCCACCUAAACGACCCGUCAUUCCAUUACAGCAACAGGCUCCUGCUUGCAGCUCUGGAGACAUGAAGGAGUUUCUGAUUAUAAAUAUAAAUGUAUAAUAAAUGACCCCGGCCUGUACAGCUCCGGCCCCCAGCCCCUUCCCCUCCCCAGCUUCUCCACACCAGUUAUCGUUCUCUUACGGGAUGAAAACAGAAAAGAGCUCAUUUUAAUUUACAAAAUGCAGAAUAAGCCUCGUGGAACCAAACGCAGUCCUGAGCGCAACCUCUGCCAGCGAAGCUGCGCCAUUCGAAUGUGCGGCUUCGGUUUCGUGUCUGUUUUGCACAGUCCGUCGUCAUCCGUCGUCUUUGUGCGAAUAGUUCUGCGCUGUGCCAAGAUGAAUGUAACGGUAGCAAGAACCCGAAAAAAAUGUACAAGAACACAACAAAAAGACCAAAAAACAGAGAAGAGACAGGACAUCGCUCUAACUUCUGUACAUUUCAUUAUUAUAACUCUUAUUAUCGGUUCUUAACCACACUUUUCUCUGGGUAGAUUUUACAUGCUUCUUAAAAAAAAAACUAGAAAAGAAACCCAAACUAUAAAGUUGUGACUUCUGUAGAAGGCGUUGAGCACGACUGUUGUGUCCAGACUCGUUGUACAGAUGUGAACGUGGCGCCGCUGCAGAAAAGCAGCAGGGCGUGGCUGAAAAGAAGGAUUGCAGAAGCCCGGACUGCGUGCUGUAGAUGUAUUUAAUGAGAUACCUGUGGAGGUUGGUUGUUUUUAUCUUUAAGUUAAACUUGUUCUGAGUGGCUUGGUGGGAAGGAAUGUUGAAGGGAAAGAGGAGAACGAUCCGGUUAACACAACCAAACUUCCACCUUUUAGCUGAGGAGGCUAAGUUGCUACUUGUACUGUUUUAAGUGGUGAACAAUGCUGUGUUAAUAGAUGCUAUUUAUAUCUCACUGCACAUUGGAGCACACAGACUGAGACGGUCCUCUCCCAGCUGGGUCCCCCAUCUCUCGUCUCACAUAUCCAGGACCUUUGAGUUUCAAACCCCCGCCGCCCCAUUUGUGUCAGGAAUUCUGUUGAAUUCUGUUCCAGGGUGCCUCGUUUCUUCUUUAUUCUCCCUCCUGCAUCGUUGUUUUUGUUUUCUUAGCUCUAGGACCGGCAUUACGCUGGGUUUCGUGUGCUCUCUGAUUGUACUAUCGAUGGUGUCGUUUUUUUGUCUGACGAGUGGGGUUGGAUCAGACCCUCGCUGCUGACCAGCCAGUCAGGGAUAGCAGGGUCUAAAAUUGCACGCUAAUCUUCUGCCGUGGCGUGGAAGAAGGGUUUAUUUAACUAAAUCUAGUCGGGGGCUAUAGGAUUUGUUUUGUUUUACCAUUUUUCUUCUUAUUUCCCAACACAUCUUUUGUUUUUCACCCUGUGAAGCCCCAGUUUGGUGACGAGAAAGCUUAUUGUGACUGUAACCCCAGCAUGAAAACUCUAACAUCCUGUAAAAGUGCAAUAAUCUGUAAGAUACACUGUUGGCGGGCACUCAUCCUGCCACGCCUCCUCUCUGUUAUCUCACUGAAGGCUUCUUUCAUCACUCUUUCUGAAAAGUUGAAACACAAAACACCUUUUCUUCCUUCUUCAAUACAAACAGUAAAAAAAAAGCUUCUGUAGAAGACUGAGUUUUAGGAUAAAGCUCUUUUGGAAAGACGGAUUAAAGGAGCCUCUAUUGACAGGAUGCAGUAUUCGGCUCCAAAAGAGGGAUAGGAUUCCUGUAAAAGGUGUCACGUUAAAUCCUGUCAUCUGAGAGCAAGAAAGUCCAGUUUCAGAGCACUUCUUCACAAAGUCUGCACUCCGGGAAGGAAGAAACACUCCAUGUGUGGCUGUUUUUAACGAGGUGCAAAGAAGUUUCCAAAGCCCUUUGAGUGGAGAACAAACAACCUGAGUAGUUUCAGGAGCUGCAGCUGCAGCACGAUGUUCAAAAUGUUCUCCUUUGACCUUCCGCCAAAAACUGGAUCUGAAACGGAUAAUUUAGCAAACGAGUUCAGCAGAGAAUACUUGUGGUGUUUAUCUAAAUUAAAUUUUGCUUUCUAAAUUGAAAAAAGUGUAGCCUUUUUUAUUACUGUGUAAUAGUCUGUCAGUUUUUAAAGGACGGUUUUUGGGAAUUGUCAGUGGAGAAGGUACUGGAUCAUUCCUGGAGAACUGGGGCACAAGUAGCAGGGCUCUGAUAUGAACUGAGACGGGACAGUCGUGAGAUCACGGUUUUGAUAUGACUGCAUGAUGUAAAUGUAUGUGUGAUUAAAUAAUUAUGAGAAACAG